UCUUCCCUGAAAUAAAGAGUGUUUGUUUUUAGAGUGAGACUCUGAGAGAGGCCAAGUGUGAGAGAUCUCUCUUUAGGUGGCUUUGCAGAAUCGAUAAUGGCGAACCACAGAGCGCUUUUACGCGCAGGACCUGGAUUUAAUGGCGGUCGAAGCUUUAGCUUCUCCUUCAGAGCAUUGGCCUCUGCGAUUGUAGCUGCUGUCUUCUUCUUUUUCUGCUUCUCUUUCUUCUUCGCUUCUCACUCCGACCCCGCCGAUCCGAACCACUUUGGUUUUGGUUCUGGUUCUUAUGGAAUUGAAUCUACAAGAAGGUCGAUGUUGGCUCUUAAAUCAGACCCUCUCAAGCCUCGCCUUGACCAGAUCCGGAAGCAAGCCGAAGAUCACAAAUCCCUUGCGCUCACUUAUGCCGUCUUUGCACGGAAGCUCAAGCUCGAGAACUCUAAGCUUGUUAGGAUCUUUGCUGAACUAUCGCGAAGCUACAAUGAUCUUCUCACAAAACCCUCGUAUCAAGCUCUGUUGGCUUCAGACGCUCUCUCCAUUGAUGAGUCGGUGCUGCGCCAAUUUGAAAAGGACGUGAAAGAGCGAAUUAAAGUCACCAGACAGGUGAUUUCCGAAUCCAAAGAAUCUUUUGACAACCAGCUCAAGAUUCAGAAGCUUAAGGAUACGAUUUUCCAAGUGAAUGAGAUGCUGACAAAGGCUAAGAAGCAAGGAGCUUUCUCUAGCUUAAUAGCGGCCAAAUCUAUCCCCAAAAGCUUGCAUUGCGUAGCAAUGCGAUUGAUGGAAGAGCGGAUUGCUCACCCUGAAAAGUAUUCAGAUGAAGGGAAGCCAAAACCUCCAGAACUUGAGGACCCAAAGCUGUACCACUAUGCUAUAUUUUCAGAUAAUGUGGUUGCAGCCUCGGUGGUGGUUAAUUCGGCAGUGAAGAAUGCAAAAGAGCCAUGGAAGCAUGUAUUCCAUGUCGUGACAGAUAAGAUGAACCUUGGAGCAAUGCAAGUUAUGUUCAAAUUGAAGGAUUAUAAUGGGUCGCAUAUCGAAGUGAAAGCUGUUGAAGAUUACGAAUUCUUGAAUUCUUCUUAUGUGCCUGUCCUUCGGCAACUAGAAUCUGCGAAUUUGCAGAAAUUUUAUUUUGAGAAUAAGCUCGAGAAUGCUACUAAAGACACAACCAACAUGAAGUUUAGAAACCCAAAGUAUCUCUCCAUUCUAAACCAUCUGAGGUUUUACUUGCCAGAGAUGUACCCAAAAUUGCAUAGAAUUUUGUUUUUGGAUGAUGAUAUUGUGGUUCAGAAGGACUUGACAGGAUUGUGGAAGAUUGAUAUGGACGGGAAGGUGAAUGGGGCAGUCGAGACUUGUUUUGGGUCGUUCCAUCGGUACGCGCAGUACAUGAAUUUCUCACACCCAUUGAUCAAGGAAAAGUUUAAUCCAAAGGCUUGUGCUUGGGCUUAUGGAAUGAACUUCUUUGAUUUGGAUGCGUGGAGAAGGGAAAAGUGCACAGAGGAGUAUCACUACUGGCAGAAUCUGAAUGAGAACCGUACCUUGUGGAAGUUGGGCACAUUGCCACCAGGUCUGAUCACAUUCUACUCGACCACAAAGCCACUGGACAAGUCAUGGCAUGUUCUGGGUCUCGGCUACAAUCCAAGCAUUAGCAUGGAGGAGAUCACCAACGCAGCAGUGGUGCACUUCAACGGGAAUAUGAAACCAUGGCUUGAUAUUGCUAUGAACCAGUUCAAGCCACUUUGGACAAAAUACGUGGACUAUGAGUUGGACUUUGUCCAAGCCUGCAAUUUCGGCAUCUAAACAAGUCGUAGAGCCGAAUGAAAAGUCAAAAACGGAACAUCUUUGCCCAAGUACAAGCAGUCCAGUCCAGUCCAGUCCAGUCCCCACAGCUAAUACUUUUCAUAUGGUGGGGUGGGGUGGGGUGGGGUUUCCAUAGCUAUAGUCAUAUUAGUGAACCUUUGUUAUCCAUAUAAUAGAGGAAAAUUUGCAUUAAUCCAAGUGUAGCAUAUUUCUUUUUAUCAUAUUAAUUUUUUUUUAGGUCUUUCUUUUUUCAAAAUGUCUAUAGGAGUAUAAUAAAUUUGGAAUUGUUAAUUAUUUAGUGAGAUUAGUAUAUUUACGGAAGGCGGUCAAGCUUGCCUUCGGCAAUUAUGAUCAAUUUUGCUGUUUGUUUUGACUAAAUUCGUGAAAGCACUUGUUAUUUAAUUGUUCAUUAAAA